AUGGGUGGUCCACCGAAACGCCGCGCCCAGGCUGAGAAGAAGAGCUCCGGCUCAUCCGGCGACUCGUCCUCUGCCUCGCGUGAUCCCACUCAGCGGUCUACGCCAAAGUCCAUCCCUCGCCUCGACGGGAACCGUGAUCCCUUGAUCAGUGGCCCGCAUCGUGUCCCCACCGAGUAUUCCAAGGUCACGGACCUCAAGAACAUCUCCGAGUUCUUGGGUCUAGCUGGCUGGUAUACCGCUCGUGGUGAUCUCUACCAAUUUCGAAACUUCGACGUCGAUACUAACACAUGGAAGAUCACUAUCCCGGAUUCGCUUCCCCAGCGUCCGGCCAAGUUCAACAGCAACGGCAGGGAGAUUAGCGUCACCCUAAACACAUUCAAUGUCGUCCAGGCUCCGAACACUGUGGUCCACCAGUACGAUGUUGCUUGGGGUGGCGACACAGAUGCGACCAAGCGCGUUCUGAUCAAGAAGAUCUGGCACUCCAAUGCUGUCAAGGCCGCCCUCGGUGAACCGACCAACUUGUGGGUCUAUGACGGCAACAAGCUUGCUUGGUCUGGAAAGCGUCUCGACCGUGAUGAGACCCGCAUCACCGUCGACCUGGACGAGGAACAGGGUAGGCCUCAGAAUGGCGGCCGCUCUGGCAAGGGCAACAAACACACCAUAUUCCUCAAGUGGACUCGCCAGGUUGACUUCAACCAUCUCCGUGCCUUCCUUGAUGGCCAGGCUUCCUGGUCGCCUGAUUGCAUCGACACCAUCAACUUCCUUGACCAUGUCAUGCGAGAGGGUCCUAGCCAGAAGUACACCCAGAUCAAGAAGUCGUUCUUUCAGCGCGGCGAGCAGCGGUUCGAUCUCGGCGGUGGCAUCGAGGCUUUCAAGGGUGUCUUUGCCUCUCUCCGCCCGGUUCUCAACGAGAAGUUCCAGAAGACUCUCUCGGUCAACGUCGAUGUCGCCAAUGGCACCUUCUGGCGCGCCCAGGAGCUGACCCGUGCCAUCGGUCAGGUCUUCAACUGUGGUCCACCACAGUUCCAACAGCGUUUCCGGGAUGCCAAGCGCGACUGGAAGCACUCUCAGCUGAAGAAGGACCUCCGACGCUUCAAGCGGGUUGGUGUCACUGCCUUCCACGUCAAGGAGAAGGAGACGCAGUGGACCAUCGACGAGUUCGUCGGCAUGGAUGCUACCGAGGCCAUGUUCCCUGAUCCCGAUGAUCGACGCCCAGGAGUCCCUCCCACCCAACUUCGCCAGAUCUCCGUUCACAAGUACUUCCAGACCAAGUACGGUCUCAAUUGCACGUCCAACUUGCCCGUGGUCAAGAUGACGAAGAAGAUUCGCGGUGGCGCCGUUUAUCUCCCUAUGGACUGGCUGAAGAUCGAUCCCAACCAGCGCUACAACACCAAGCUGAGCGACGUUCAGACCUCGGCCAUGAUCAAAUUCGCCGUUACUCUCCCUAAGGACCGAUGGGCUGCUGUCAUGCAUGGCGUUCGACUCCUCAACUGGGACAAGGACGAUUAUCUCAGCCACUACGGCUUGAAGAUCGCACCGAAUGCCACCAAAGUCAAGGCUCGCGUCCUCCCUUCCCCGUCCGUUCAGUUCGGCCAAGGCAGCCGCCAGGCCACUGUCGAUCCGAAAGAUUUGGUGCAAGGCCGUUGGCGGCUUGAUGGACGCAAGUUCGCUCUGCCCAACAAUGAGCGUCCCAUCAAGGCUUGGGGCGUCUGCGUCAUUCAGGGUAGGGGCGCCGUCGCACAGCCUCAAGUCGAGAACUUCGUCGAGAACUUCGUCAAGAUCUACGAGAGCCACGGCGGUCAGAUCAUGUCGCACCCAAAGUUCGGCAAGAAGCCAUGGAUGGGCCCGGGCAACCUCGCUGAUGGAGGUGAGCUGGUCGCGAAGGCCUUCAACGCUACUGGCAACCGAUAUCAGAUGCGGCCAUCCUUCAUGAUCUUCAUCGUCAACGACCGCAACGUCGACGUAUAUCGCCGUAUCAAGAAGUCCUGCGACAUCCGCUUUGGUGUGGCCUCCCAGGUCCUGCAGUCGAAGCACGUCAUGGGCUCUUCCCCGCAGUACAUCUCCAAUGUCUGCAUGAAGGUUAACGCCAAGCUCGGCGGUGCUACCUGCGUUGCAAAGUCCACUACACUGCCCAAGAUUGCGCCGAAAUCCAGCAGCAUUCCAACCAUGGUCGUCGGUGCCGACGUCUCUCAUCCUGCGCCUGGUGCUGCCUCUGGCGAGGCUGCCUCGUUCGCCGCCAUCACCGUCUCAGCUGAUUCUCUCUUCGCUAGGUACUGGGCCGAUGUCCAGACCAACGGCAAUCGUGUGGAGAUGGUCACUACGAACAACAUUGACGAGCACUUUGGACCUAUGGCCAAGAACUGGAUGCAGCGCGUCGGCAAGGGCCUGCCUCCAGCGCGUGUCCUCUAUAUUAGGGACGGUGUUUCUGAGGGCCAGUACGCCGCCGUGCUCGAAGAGGAGGUGCGCGACAUGAAGGAGUGCUUCAAGAAGAUUGGCUGCAAGCAGGAGCCGAAGUUCACCGUGGUCAUCGCCGGCAAGCGGCAUCACAUCCGCUUCUUCCCCGACCAGGGCGAUCGCAACAAGAACCCCCUUCCUGGAACCCUCGUUGAGACCGGUUGCACUCACCCCUUCGAGUUCGACUUCUACCUCUGCUCCCAUGUCGCUAUCAAGGGUACCGCUCGACCGAUCCACUACCAGUGCAUCUUGAACGAGGGCAACUGGGAGGCCGCCGAGCUGCAACAGUUCAUCUUCGAGCAUUCCUAUCAGUAUAUUCGCUCGACGACCCCGGUCUCACUCCACCCGGCCGUGUACUAUGCUCACCUGGCUGCCGAUCGUUCCCGAGCCCACGUCAACGACACUCCCGUCUCUUCGGGCAAGAAGGAGGCCAAGGCUGAGCAGCGCUCAUCUACCGGCUCUUCCAAGAACCAGGUCGAGAUUGCGCCGCUCCAGGCGAUCAGCAACGUCAUGGGUCUCAAGGAGGUCAUGUGGUACGUCUAAGGAACGACUGCGGCGGAUGCGAUGGAUGAUGGAAUUUGGACGACAUCAAGGGCUAUGACGACUGGGUUCGGUGGGGUUUAUGGAUGCUAUGGUUCGGCGAUGGUCGAGGGCUAGGGUCUCAUUG